AUGCGAUUAAUAGUCACCGGCCGAGUGCUGCGAGCCAACGGUGCUCGUUGGAGUACCGCUGCCACUCGUCCUAGAAUUACCAUUCUUCAAACACCGGCGCUCCGUCAGUCGACACCCGCGAUUUCUCGCAACUGGAGCUCAACACCAUUCCUGAGCACAGCAGACCAAAGCUCUCAUGCCCGCGACCCGAAGAGUGCCUCUCAAGCACGACCAAGCCUUCAAAUCGAAGGUGACACGUACGAAACUGACCAUUGGACAAAUACGCCCGACACGAUUCUUUCCCACGUAGGCCGACGCCUGUACCUUGAUGAAAACCAUCCUCUCGCCAUCACUCGCAAACUCAUCGAAAGUCAAUUCCCGGCGCCAGUCUUUGGAAACUACUCCGAAAAGAAUCCCGUCGUAUCAACUGGGCUCAACUUCGAUGUACUAGGCUUCCCUCCAGACCAUCCGGGGCGCAGCCGCACCGACACGUACUACAUCAAUGACAAGACCGUCCUGCGCACGCAUACGAGUGCGCACCAGCAGGCAUACUACCAACGAAUCGGCAAAAACGAGACGACCAAGCCCGAGGAGGUCGGCUACACCGUCAUUGCCGACGUUUAUCGACGAGAUGCGAUCGAUCGGAGCCACUAUCCCGUCUUUCACCAGAUGGAGGCCGCCAGGCUGUGGAAGCGACCGGACCAGGAUCCGCUGAGCGCGUCCAAGGAGACUGCCGCUAGGAUUCUAGCUGAUGUUGACCUGAUUCCACGCCACAAUGUCCCCGUCGAAGAUCCAAACCCGACGAUACAUCCUCAGCGGAACCCCUUGCAAGCACAGCAUCAUAGCGAAGCCGAGGUCGAGGCGCUUGCAGCCCAUUUGAAGCGAUCACUGGAGCGCAUGGUCAUCAAGAUUUUUACAGAGGGAGCCAAGGCAGCGGCCGCAAGCUCAGGUAGUAAAGUCGACGAGGAACCUCUCAAGGUGCGCUGGAUCGAGGCGUACUUCCCUUUCACUAGCCCUGGAUGGGAACUUGAAGUCUUUUGGCAAGGUGAAUGGCUGGAAGUGCUCGGAUGUGGUAUCAUCAAGCAGGAGCUUCUGAUCAACUCGGGAGUGCCGAACAGAAUUGGCUGGGCUUUUGGCCUGGGUCUCGAGCGCAUCGCCAUGCUUCUGUUCAACAUUCCUGAUAUUCGUCUCUUCUGGUCUCAAGAUGAGCGUUUCUUGUCCCAGUUCCGCGCAGGCCAGGUCUCUCGGUUCGAGCCUUUCUCCAAGCAUCCAGCAUGCUACAAGGACGUGGCCUUCUGGCUGCCCCCCGCUGCGGUUAAGAGUGGCAGCAGUGCGGCAGGCGGGGCAGUUCCGUUCCAUGAGAACGAUGUCAUGGAGAUUGUCCGUGGCAUUGGCGGUGACCUGGUCGAAGACGUGCGAUUGAUCGACAACUUCACCCACCCAAAGACUGGUAGGGAGAGCAUGUGCUACCGUAUCAACUAUCGCAGUCUGGAGCGGACAUUGACCAAUGAAGAAGCCAACGAUAUGCACGAGAGGGUGCGAGCUCAACUGGUGCAAGACUUUGGAGUUGAGUUGCGGUGA